CUUUAAAAAAAGGUAUUUAAACAAUGGAAACAGUAAUAGAGCAGCAAAGAUCGUGUCAUGAAGAACGAGAGAGGCUUGAAGAUGCAAUGACUCAAGAAUUAUUAAUGAAAAAGAAUAAUUUGAAAGAACAAAUAAAUUCUGAUCAUCGAGUACGAGUGUUACUAGAACGUUACGUUGAAAUUACAGAAAAAUUGGAGAGUUUAUAUGCCGAUAAAGAUUUUUUACGAAAGGAAGAAAUAGCUUCAAUUUCAGGACCUAAUGAAUUUGCUGAAUUUUAUGGUCGCCUUCGAACAUUAAAACAAUACCACAGAAAGUACCCAAACGAAGUUGCCGAGCCAAUGCAAAUGGAAUUUCUCAGAUUGAAAGAUGCUCGUGAAAAACCCAUAGAGGAACAACAAGCACUGGCUGAGUUUACGGGCGAAGAAGGAUCUGGAAAGUAUUUAGAUCUUCACGAAGCCUACAAUCAAUACAUAAAUCUAAAGGGCGUUGACAAAAUCGAGUACCUUGCAUUUUUAGUGGGUUUUGAUAGAUUGUUUGAUAUACCUAAGGAACGAAAGAAUAACGAGUACAUAAAUUAUGUGAGCAAUUUAUUGGAUUACCUUUAUGGCUUUAUCCAACGUGCCAAACCGAUUUUGAAUGUUGAUAAAGAGUUGGACGAUGCCCUGAAAGACUUUGAAAGCAAAUAUGAUGCUGGCACAUUCCCUGGAUGGCCAAAAGAGACAGGAAGUGCACUUACACAUGCAGGUGCUCACUUGGACUUAUCAGCGUUCUCCUCCUCAGAAGAACUAAUGUCACUGGGUCUUGAUCGAUUGAAAAGUGCCCUGCAAGCACUUAACAUGAAGUGCGGUGGAGCGUUGGAAGAUCGUGCCAAGAGGUUGUUCAGCACCAAAGGCGUAAGCCUGGAGAAUUUAAAGUCGUCUGCUUUUUCAAAAAGUCGUGGAAAGGGGAAAGGUAUGGAUAAUGUGAAAAAACAAAAAGAAAUCGCGUCACUGGAAGCUCAGGUUUACAGGCUAGUGGAAAUACUUGGCGAAGAGAGACAAGCUACAAGAGAAAAUGUUGAACGCAAACAAGCACGCAGCGCUCAGGAGUUAGAAGAAGAUGAAGAAGAUGACACGAUGGCAGAUGAUUCAGACGAAGAGGAGGAGCAGACAUUGUAUAAUCCAAAAGAUCUCCCCCUGGGAUGGGAUGGCAAGCCUAUUCCUUAUUGGCUGUACAAACUACACGGUUUAAAUAUAUACUACAACUGUCAAAUAUGUGGCGACCAACAAUACCGAGGACCCAAGGCCUUUCAACGUCACUUUUCCGAAUGGCGACAUGCGCAUGGAAUGCGUACACUCCAAAUACCAAAUACCGCUCACUUUGCAAACGUAACGAACAUCAAGGACGCUCUUGCGUUGUGGGAAAAACUGAAAAAAGAAAAAGCAAAGGAGAUGUUUCAACCGGACAACGAGGAAGAAUACGAAGACUCGAUCGGUAAUGUUGUGAACAAAAAGACGUACGAUGACUUAUCGAGACAAGGGCUGCUCUAGACUUUGAUAACUCAUGUGGAUUAACCUAAAAGAAGCAAGGUAAAUAUGACGUCAAAAGAAGAUGUAAGAAGGAGUGUUGUAAAUCUUUUCUACAGUACUGGAUGGUAGAUCACAACUCUCCACCAGAUUGUUUCGCAAAAGACGGAUAUGUUGUGUGUGUUAACUUCAAAACAGUCCCGCGUUUUCAAUAAAGAAACAAUUUUUAAACGUCUCCUUAAUGUUGAAAAACGAAGCGGCAAGUGAAAAACAGAUAAUAAGUAAUCAUUAAUUUUAAUGUCAAUUUUGUGAUAAGGAAUUAUUUUAUAAAGAUUAAAAUAACUUCGACUUUUCAUGACGGGAUCAAGCGGUUUCAUUGUGUAGUACCGUGGCUGGCUCGUGUAACAGUUGAUAAACUUUCUAUGAAAGUUUUUCUUUUUUCAAUAAAAAAAGUCCCCAGCGCCGUCGCAUGUAAAGUGUUAAGUUAAAAAGAAUGAGGAGAAAGAGAUACGAGUACAUAGGGCGGUAAAAUAAAAGUCUUGUAACUGCCCAUGAAAUUCUCGAAAGUUUCUUUCAUUUAAGAAUUAACUGUUUUUAUCUGUUUUUAAUAUUUGUUUACGUUUAAUAGACAUAGGUUUAAAUUAGACAUCCUGAUAACAUGAGGAAGGAAUUUCACAGGCUAUUAGCAAUUACGAAUCGAGUUUUUCUAAUUUAUGAUCUUCCACAAACGCGCAAAAAAUUUUGAUGAUGGGCGACAAUAACAAAAAUUGAGCGAUUUUUAAUUGCUACUUUCUCAUGUAGCAAAUAACAAACGCAUAAAAUUUGACCAACAUUCGUCAACAUUCAUUAAAAAGUCUUUACCAAAAUUAGCGUGUUUUUUUGCCGUCUCUUUCAUGUCUGGGCAUGUUUUAUUUCGGUUUUUGAGUUUUUCUAACUCGGAAUCUAGUCUAAAUUUGUCCUAUUAAUUUGUAGAUGAGCUAUGUAGAUAACAUUUUUUUUGCAAGAAUGUAUUUAUAAUUCUGACGUCUUUUAAGCCUUUUAUAAGAUUGUAAUGGAUAUUUUUUUGUCAGCAGUCUGUAAUACGCGGAAAUGAAAGGAGAAAAACAUAGGUAUUUUCCUCAACUAUGAAUUAUAGGAAUAUUUGAGGAAUUUUUUUUCAAUUUAUUUACUAUAGAGUUGUUCUGUGUUAGUCCACAUGAGGUAUUUCCCUGACGGAAUUCUUGUAUAUUUUUGUCAAAAGUGUCAAUUUUUUACAAAUAAUGUUCAUUAAAUGCACUGCUGUUUUGGUGGUCGCUGCCACAUCUUCGUCAUAUUAGAAGUGUCGCGUCCUGCAUACGCCUUGCAUUGUACGUUUCAUAAAAUGCUUAAGUUUAUCACGAUAAUUACUUGCGGUCGGAUUAAUGUCGGAAAUGUGAUAGACCUACGAGAAAGUUUGCUUUUGUGUUUCUUAUGAAAAAAGAUAUUUAAAAUGUGUGUGUUCAUGUUACAUAAGGCAUACAUGAAGGCGGCGUGUGGUAUUUAAAUACCCCACUACGAUAUAUUUCACAUGCUGGUCGCGCCAAACUUAUGUGCCCAAGGAGACAUCAGACACUCUGUAUAAGCUGCCUAUAUAAGAAUAAGUACCCAAACACAAAACUUACGGUUGUUGAUGUAUAGUAAUCGGUUGCGCUUGGUCUCGAUAAUACCAACCUAUAAAUGCGAAAAAGAGGGUCAAUGUUUUGCUGGUUCAGUUUUUUUAUGUAAACAUUUAAAGUUAAGUGAAGCGGAAAGACAACAAACUAGAUAUAUUUCAAAGUAGUUUUAAAUCAAUUCCAAAUAGAUGCUGUCAACAAUUCACGUUCGCUACUGUUUUUACAGGCCUUUGAAGUCCCGCUUUGUUUUGCUUUUUCUGUUCUAACUGUAAUUAUUGACACUGGCUGAGCAUCUGGAAACAUGAAUGUUAAAAAUCCACGAAAAUGUUUGAAUGAAAAUCACUCUCGAUCUUCAUAACGUAAGUAUAAGAAGUUAAAAUUAAAAUCACCAGGUUAUGCCAGGAAAAAUAAAUUAUACAUAAUAUAGAUAUAUAAAAAAAAAGAAUUACUUACGACUCCAUGGUUAAAUAAAUAAAUAUGAUGCAAUGAAUGUACAUACUAAAUUCCAUUUUAUUAAUAUAUAUCAACUAAAUAAUUUCAAUAUGUAUUCUUUGUUUGUAACCUAGUAUGAGUUUAAUUAUUUUUUUCUUUCUUGUACUGUAUGAACUAUUUGAGGCACGUGCAUUCACUUGCACUGAUUGAGUGUAAAUGAUUUUAGAUGCAUGCCCAGCUUCUUUAUAUACAGUUUUAACACUCAUUAAAAAUCUAGUGUCGUAAUUCGGAAAUUAAUAAAUACUCGGUUUAAUAGACGUCUUUAAAAGUCGUUUGUUUUUCAAUAUAAUGAUGACACACUGUUUUCUUAACGAAUUAUGCGAUCUUUAAACCAUGCAUUGACAUAAUUACAUAAUUAAUGACCUCUUUUGUAUUUACAUGAAUUUAUGUCUACCGAGUAUUUAAGUGUAAUAAAUUAUCCUGAACAUCUUAUGUUUAAAAACAUGUCAAAAAAGUAGAAUUAAACGAAAGAGAAACCUGUAGCAGGCUAAUGUUUACAACAAAACACUUGUAUUCCUGUAAAUGAAAACAUUGCUAGAUGUGUAGUAUAGGAAAGCACUGUCAAGUGUUUCUAAAAUUACUCAUCAUUUUGAUGGUUCACAGGAAAACAAAUUAAGCGUGGGGUAAGACUAAGGAAUGUAUAUUUGGAUAUGCAGUGCCUCAUUAAGGAAACAGUAGAAACGCUGAAAAUCUAUUCCUGGUAUAGAACGCUGUUGUAGAAAAGAUUUAUGGAUUAUAAUUGUGACGAAGUAAUUAAUGAAAAUGUUUUCUGUAUUUCUUAAUCUGUUUAAUGAUUCUUAUGUUUUAAAUGGAACUUGGUAAUUACUCGUGAACCAGGAUGUAACUGACUACCGUAUGUAAAGUCUUAAAAAUUUUUGACCUAAUUUUAACCUUUUCUCACCGGCUAUGCACUUUUUGAACUUUCAAGAAAUCAUUAGCCAGAUUUUGUAAAAUGGAUGACAUGAGGUCAGCUUUUGAUUCGAUGCCAAAAACUUUACGGAAUAUAAAUGACUAUAAGAGGGUGAAAUGUUUCCUUUUAUGUGGGCUGCCUGUGUUGAUUUUUGAUUGUGAAUUUCCCUUCUUAGUUAUCAUAGCAACGCAAGGAAACAUUUCCCAAACAAGUAACCACAGAUUAAUAAACAACCGUUGUGGGAAUAUGUGACGAAAAAAAAAGGAAUACCAAAAAGUGCUAGUCACAGUUCAGGCUACCAUUAUGGAUAAACAAAUUAAGCAAAGAUCGAUUUUAAUAUUUUCUGUCUCAGAAAUUUUAUUGAGGCGUUUAAAAAACUUAUUGAGGCGUAUAAAAAUUUUUUAUGGCGACGUCGGAAAAUAUUUUAUUCGAUACUGAUUCAUAACACAGUCUGAUAAGCCGUGAGAACGUUUUUGAAGUUCAUUAUUCAAUGGCUGAAAAAACAUCGGUGUAUAUUAAUCAUAGAUGGGAUAAAUCGCCCGAACACUGUGAGUCUUCAAUUUUGUGUACAUUGUACAAGCUUGGUUGUUUAUAAAUCUUUAAAUAGAUAUAUAUUCAUAAUCUUUUGGAAAAACCAUUUCUGUCUUCUAAAUGUGAAAGAAUGGCUUUAUAUUUUUAUUAACCAAAUGAUCCGAUCCUUUGUUGGGAUUUACACGAUAUUGAGGCGAUAGGAUUCCGUCCUUUGUAAGCAACCAUAAGAUGUUUAGGCCUAUUCAACAUAACGAAGAGUGUAAUUAAUUAUACAAAGUUCAUAGGCUGACGUGGAGUAUUUGUUUA